GCUUUAUCAAAACUUAUUGGUAAGGUGUGUACUCUACUUGCCAGACCCUACUUUGUGGGUUUUCGCCGAUUUUAUUAUUUUUCUUUUAUUUUAUACUUUUUCAUUGAAAAUUUGUCUCUUGAUAUUGUUACUUAGUGCGUCAAUCUUGUUGAGAUUAUUCAGAAUCGAUUAAUUCGGAUUCGUGCUCUCAAUCAGAAUUUUUUGCAUUCUCUAAUACAGGAUAGAGAGAUCUUAUCAUUUACACUGGCUCAUAUCUACGAUUUUAAUAGUAUUUGGUCCCUAUAAUUCAUUAGUCAACUACAUCCACGACGGUCCCAUUUGAUUUACUCAUUAAGACAGUCUUAAUUUUUGUAGCUUCCCUAUAUUCCUCUUUUCAAUUUCCUCCUCCAAGUUAGCCAUAAAUUGAAGCAGAACAUUAUGUUAUCUUGAAAAUUGGGACCUUCUUCUGUGCCUUGUGUAUUUCUCCUGCUAGUAAUUGGUGCAAGAAAGAAAUUGAUGGAGGGAAAGGUUGAGGCAUUAGCCAAGGAGCUAAACGAUAAUGGACUUCAUUUUGAAACAAAAUUGCAGCAAGAAGGAGAAUUAGUAACACAAGUAAAAUGUGAUGACAAAAUCAGUGAAGAAGAGAAGAACAAGAUUCGCCUCAUGAGAGCUCUUGUCGAAAAGCAAGAUCCUUCUUCCAAGGAAGUAGAUGAUUUUGAGAUAAGAAGGUUUCUUCGAGCUAGGGAUAUGGACGUAGACAAAGCUUCGGCAAUGUUGUUGAAAUGCCUAAAAUGGAGGAAAAACAUUGCACCAAAUGGCUCGAUUUCACCGAGUGAGAUUCCAAACCAGAUAGCACACAACAAAAUGUUCAUGCAAGGAGUCGACAAACAAGGACACCCUAUUGCUGUCGUUUUAGGUGGCAGACAUUUUCAAAAUAAACUAGGAGGUCCUGACGAGUUCAAACGAUUUGUGGUCUUGGCUUUAGACAAACUGUGUUCAAGGACUUCACCAGGUAGGGAAAAGUUUGUGGUAAUUGGAGAUCUCCAAAGUUUUGGCUAUGCGAACAGCGAUGCUCGUGCAUACAUUGGGGCUCUAUCCAUUUUACAGGAUUGCUACCCUGAAAGACUUGGAAAACUAUUUGUAGUUCAUGUUCCUUACCUAUUCUGGGCCAUGUGGAAAAUUGUGUAUCCUUUUAUUGAUAACAAGACCAAAAAGAAGAUCACAUUUGUGGAAGACAAACGACUCAUGACAACUCUACUUCAAGACAUUGAUGAAAGCCAGCUACCGGAGAUUUAUGGAGGCAAAAUGCCAUUAGUUCCUAUUCAUGAAGCCUGAGCAAGUAAUUACUAAUUAUUUAGAGCUCCUUUUCAAGGAGUUCCAACCUAAUCGAGAUGGUAACACUCUCGGAAAUAAGACAGCUUGUGAUUAAUGGGAUUAAAUAUUUGUAUACAUUAUGCAUUCAUAAACAUUUAGCUUUUACCUAAUUGCCACUUCAGCUUCCAUUUGAUUUUUGACUAAACUGGACAGUCCUCACUCUCAAAUUCUAAAGCUAAUGAACAUAAGUUUGUAUAAUAUUUACUUUAAAUCC